CGGCGGCUUCCUCUCGCCCGCCCGUCUUGGGACCUUUGCCUGCGCGCCUACCCGCGGGGUAACAGCGCGCGCUUCGGCCCUCAGCGGGACGGGGACUGGGACGUCAGGCCCAAGGCCCUGCUGUCCCCCACGAUGAGGAAGUUGAGGCUCAGAGAAAGAGAGUGAUAUAUGCUCAACGUCCUGUGAUCAGAGUGCAGGAACCAGGUGCAGGUGGUCAGCUGCCGCCGGGCCCAUGCCGUGAGGCCGGGAGGCAGGCGUCCGCCACCAGCAUGCCGUGGGACGCGCGGCGGCCCGGGGGCGGCGCGGACGGCGGGCCGGAGGGCGCAGGCGCGGCGCGCUCACGGGCGCAGAAGCAGUGUCGCAAGUCGUCGUUCGCCUUCUACCAGGCCGUCCGCGACCUGCUGCCGGUGUGGCUGCUCGAGGACAUGCGCGCCAGCGAGGCCUUCCACUGGGACGAGCGCGGCCGCGCCGCCGCUUACUCGCCCUCCGAGGCGCUGCUCUACGCGCUCGUGCACGACCACCAGGCGUACGCGCACUACCUGCUGGCCACGUUCCCGCGGCGCGCGCUCGCGCCACCCAGCGCCGGCUUCCGCUGCUGCGCGGCGCCCGGGCCGCACGUGGCGCUGGCCGUGCGCUACAACCGCGUGGGCAUCCUGCGCCGCAUCCUGCGCACCGUGCGCGACUUCCCGCCCGAGGAGCGCGCGCGCGUGCUCGACCGGCGCGGCUGCAGCCGCGUGGAGGGUGGUGGCACGGCGCUGCACGCGGCCUGCGAGCUGGCGCGCCCCGAGUGCCUCUUCCUGCUGCUUGGCCACGGCGCGUCACCCGGCCUGCGCGACGGCGGCGGCCUCACGCCUCUUGAGCUGCUGCUGCGCCAGCUGGGCCGCGACGCCGGGGCCCCCAAUGCCGCCGCUGCCGCCGCCGGGGCGCCCGCCUCUGCGCCCGGGGAGCCGCGCCAGCGCCGCCUGCUGCUGCUCGACCUGCUGGCGCUGUACACGCCCGCGGGCGCCGCCGGCCCUGCCCGCCGGGAGCUGCUGGGCGACCGGCCGCGCUGGCAGCGGCUGCUGGGCGAGGACAAGUUCCAGUGGCUGGCGGGCCUGGCGCCGCCCUCGCUCUUCGUGCGCGCCAUGCAGGUGCUGGUCACCGCCAUCUCGCCUGGACGCUUCCCCGAGGCCCUGGACGAGCUGCCGCUGCCGCCUUUCCUGCAGCCGCUGGACCUCACGGGCAAGGGCUAGACCUCGGCGGGGAGGCGGGGGGGCCGGUCGUUGGAUUUUUGGAAAUACUAUUUUUCAGAGCGUUGUACCCAGCACUUUACAUAUAUUGAUCUCUGUAUAGGAGAACCUCUGCUUCGUAUGUUGCACGUGCUGCAGGCUGGGCCUUGAUGGUCAGGUGGGCCCCCGGCUGCGGGUUUCUGGGGUCCGGCUGAGCUCAGCUCCCCGCCUCCCUCCCUUUUUGCAAGGGUACAGGAGUCACGCGACUCCUAGAGCCAGGCCCUACCCUGUGCUCACUUUCCAGCCCGUGAAGCUUUCCAUGUUGAUGUAGAGCCUCCAGGACCAGGUGUCCCAGAGGGAGUGACAGCUGAGCUAGAAUUGGGCAGGGGCUUUGGGUGUGGACUGACGUGCCUGAGCUGGGGACAGCAUGUUCGAGGGCCUAGAGGCCAAGAGAGCAGGUCCUGUGAGGUUCUGGGAAAGAGUUCCUCUGUGCAGUUGGCAUAUAGGGCCUUGCGAACUCCUGUGUGGGGCAGAGGAGGAUGGGAAGGCUUGCUGUGCUGGCGUGGGGGGAGGCGUGAUCCAGACUGUGCUCCUGCUUCUCCCGCGUCCCCUCCUUGGAUAUCCUUGUGACACCUCCCUCCAGAACUGGUGUAUCCAGGCCUGGGCUUGUCCGUCUUCCCUGAUGAGUAGCAGGCACCAAGUCCCCCGCUCCUGCUUUCCUCUUCUCUGCCAGGAAGCCUCUGGUGCCUCAGGCCCCUGUUCCCCGCCUCCCUCCACCCUGUCUUCUGGUGGUGUUAGAUGUGCCUUCCUCUGGGCCUGACCUGGGUCCCGCCCUUGGUGUGGGAUCCCAGGUGUUCCCCUGGCCCAGUCCCCAGAGGGUGACUGGGUGGCUGUGGCUCCCAGUGGGGCAAGCGCUCUUGCCCCAGCUAAUGGAGCUGGCUUCUGUAGGAAGGUUCUGAAGAAGAUUGUUAACGGAUGUGCCGCCAUCCUUCAGGACAAAUGGACUGAUGGACAAGCCUGGUCCGUGCCCUAAGGAGCCUCGAGGCCAGGGAGGAUGGCCAAGCCGUUCGGCCCCGGGGAGUUCCGCUGGGCUAUGAAAUCCAAGCUGCGUGGCUCGGGCUGGAGGGCCACGAUGUCCUGCCAGGAGGAGACGGCUAAAGGCUCUACGCCCAACGUGGGGCUUGAACUCACGACCUCGAGAUCAAGAGUCUCAUGCUCUUCCUGCCGAGCCGGCCGGGUGCCCUGAGACGCACAGACUUUAAAUGUAUAGUCUGAGGAGUUCUGACAGAUGUCUACACAUGUAACCACCACCUUGAUCAGGACAGAGGUGAAGACCGAGAUUUCGGUCUUAAGUGAUUUUUAAAAAGAAUUUCUGCUUAUAGAAUUCACACUGGAGGCAGAGCACUGGGACUGCAGAGGAAUCCAGGGCAGGGCCUGGCAGGGUUUCCUCACGGAAACAUUGUCCUGCUCGCCCUCCAUUGUCUGGCUGCCAAAAAAAGGGGCCAGCUGCCUGCCACCGGCCCGCCGACCAACCACUACGAGCAUGUGGGUGUAUUUUCUUCCAGUUUUUUCUAUGCAUGUAUAUAAAUAUGUUAAAAUUAUUUUCUAUGCAUAUUUUUUACAUACAUGACGUCAGAUCACUCAAAUAAUUAAGUACUUUUAAACUUACUGUAGUCUAAGCACUUUCCUAUAUUGUAAAAUGCUUUGUAAACGACUUCUCAGGAGCCUUUGGUGUUUACUUGGUGAUAUUUGACUCAGCUAGUGUUGACAGCAUAAGGAGUUAAUGUUGGCACUUUUUAAAAUGUGAAUUUUAUUUAUUUUGAAAUAAAUAAUACAUUUACAUGGCUUGAAAU